UGUGUGCUUGACUGCGCUGAUGCCCCAGCUCUGAAGGAUACAGCGCGUGGAUGGAGGAGGAGGAGGAAGAAGAGGAAGAGGUGAAGGACUGAAGGGUGGAGAAUGUAAAGAACGGAGCGGGAGAUGAGAAGCACUCAGAGGAUCAGAGGAUGAUAGACCGCUGGAUUAACAUGGACGAACCGCGUGUGACUGUGUCGAGGCUCGCUGUCACUGACGCUCGGCCUCACAGUGAAUGAUGUGCGGUGACGCUGCUUUGAUUCAAAUAUCUUCUCAUGUCUUCUUCGAAUUCUACCUUGAAAAACACGGAGUCCACGCGCAGUGACCGCGUCCAUUUUCAUGAUCGAGCUUCAGCCACAAUAAUGGAGUCAAAGUGAACGAACAGAGACUGAACCGCGUGAACUGAGCUUCGACAUGGACGCGUCGCUGCGCUCUUUCCUCUGCUUGACUUUGUGUUGGCUCGGCAGCGGUCACUCAGCGCCGGACGCCUCGGGCCUGCCUCGAGCUAUCCGCCUGCCACUGCGGCAAGAUUCACGGUCGCUGUCACCUGACGCGGCAGCGACUGCCGCUGCCGUUGCCGCUGCCGCGGUGGGCACGAGAGCUGCGCGGCAGCGGAGAGGAGCGGCGGCGAGCGGGAUCAGCUUUGUGGAAAUGGUUGAUAAUCUGCGUGGGAAAUCCGGACAAGGAUACUAUGUGGAGAUGUCCGUGGGCUCACCUCCACAGAGGCUGAACAUCCUGGUGGACACAGGAAGCAGUAACUUUGCUGUUGGAGCAGCCGCUCAUCCCUUCCUGCGCAGAUACUACCAUCGUUCACUGUCCAGUUCAUAUCGGGACCUGGGCAGGAGCGUCUACGUUCCUUACACACAGGGUCGCUGGGAAGGGGAGCUGGGCACCGACCUCGUCUCUGUCCCACACGGACCCAACGCCACCCUUCGGGCCAACAUUGCUGCAAUUACCCAAUCAGAUCGCUUCUUCAUCAAUGGAUCCAACUGGGAAGGAAUCCUGGGACUGGCCUAUGCUGAUAUAGCCCGGCCGGACGAGACACUGGAGCCUUUCUUUGAUUCUCUGGUUCGUCAGACUCCUGUCCACAACCUCUUCUCUCUUCAGCUGUGUGGAGCCGGCUUCACCCACAACGACUCCCUGGGCAGUGCUACUGUCGGUGGCAGCAUGAUCAUUGGAGGAGUGGACAGCUCACUGUUCGUUGGAGAGCUCUGGUUCACUCCCAUCCGUAGAGAGUGGUACUAUGAGGUCAUCAUCGUACGCAUUGAGGUUAACGGACAGGACCUCAAGAUGGAUUGUAAAGAGUACAACUAUGAUAAGAGUAUCGUGGACAGUGGCACCACCAACCUUCGGCUGCCGAGGAAAGUCUUCCAGGCCGCAGUCAAGGCCAUCGAGGCAGCCUCUUCGACAGAGCAGUUUCCCUCGGGGUUUUGGCUGGGGGAGCAGCUGGUGUGCUGGCAGGCCGGCACCACGCCCUGGCACAUCUUCCCAGUGAUCUCCCUCUAUCUGAUGAGUGAAAACCACAACCAGUCCUUCAGAAUCUCCAUUCUACCCCAGCAAUAUCUGCGGCCCGUAGAGGACGUGGCUUCAGCUCAGGAGGACUGUUAUAAAUUCGCCGUGUCUCAGUCCAGCACCGGCACAGUGAUGGGGGCUGUGAUCAUGGAAGGCUUCUACGUGGUCUUUGACCGCGAGAAUAAGCGCAUCGGCUUCGCUGUGAGCACCUGUCAUGUACACGACGAGUUUCGGACGGCCUCCGUCGAGGGACCGUUCCACGAUGUCGACCUGGAGGACUGUGGCUACAACAUCCCCCAGACGGACGAGUCCACGCUCAUGACCAUCGCCUACAUCAUGGCGGGAAUCUGCGCUCUGUUCAUGGCGCCGCUGUGUCUCAUGGUGUGUCAGUGGCGCUUCGUCCGCUGCCUCCACCCGCACAGAGACUUUGCUGAUGACAUAUCACUCUUGAAGUGAAGAGGGAGGAGAACCUGACUGAGAAAGACCUGACUCUUCAAACACACCAGAGAAGAGCAACAUGUCGAUGUCAACAAAUUAGCUUUUAGCCACCUAUGCAUCAGCAUUAUCGGGACACUUGAUUGUGAAUGCAAGUUUGAAAAUAUAAAUGUGUCUUUAUCGAUCUGUGACUUGUGGCUUUGAGGUGAAUGAAACCAGUUAUGAGUUAUGAGUUAUGAGUUAUGAGUGAGCAUGCCUGUAUGUGUACUGUAAGUGAAACGUAUGACAAAGACUUUGUGGACUUUAAGACAAUGACCGUACACUAUUUUGCAAAUGCCAGCAAAUAACCUUGCAGUGCAAAUGGAGCCGUUUAAAGAGGCUACGAUCCGACGACUGAAGUGUGACAGAGUGUGACACGGUUGCAUGGUCUACAGGAAAUAUGGUUGGAAGGUAUUUCACAAUAAAAAACACGUGUGUAUGUCUUAGGUGUUCAACAUGUACGAAACCCAUUUAAAACCAUCACGGGGUGUUGACUUAGGGACCGUCAGUAAAUGCUUUGUACUCA